ACCCCCAGCUCCCAAGCCCUCUCUGCUUAAUUCCGAUAAAAAAAAAAGCAGUUGCUGCGCCGCCGCUGAAGCUCCCUUCUCCCAGCGUGAUUUCCCUUUCCCAUGUCCCGGCCGCUCUACAAUCUCCGGCGACGCCUCCUCGCCUCAACCCUUCGACUCCUCCCAUCGCCCUCGCACCGCCUCUCCACCACCACCUCCACCCCGGCAACCCGCGCCCCUACCACCCCCGUGGCCGUCCUCUGGGAACUCGCCGCCUCCCGCCCGCCCUCCAAACUCCCCCUCUACGACUCUGCCGUCCGCCUCCACCUCGCCGCCUCCUCCUUCGGCCGCCUCCGUUUCUCCGCCGCGUUCCUCCACCCCUGCCACCGGCUACCCGACCCUGAUCCCUCCGCCGACGCCACCAAUCUCUGCCGCGUCUGCGGCCGCAAAUUCCGCGCCCGCGACGCGCUGCUCCGCCACUUCGACACCAUCCACACCCGAGAGAACACCAAGCGCCUCGAGCGAAUCGAGUCCUCCCGCGGCGACCGCCGCGUGCGCCUCGCCGCGUCCCUGUCUCUCAAGCUCUCCAAGUACACCAAGGCCGCCCGCGAGCUCACCGCCGGCGUGAACCCCGGCUCUCCCGCCGACGAGCUCCGCCGAGCCAGAGUCCACGCCGAGCUCUCCAGAUACCCGUCGACCGCCCUCCGGGAUCGCGCCCAAGAGGUGCUCGACGAUGGGUCCGUGGGGUGCCUGAUGCUGGUCUCGGGGCGGGAGGAGCUCUCCCCUCUGCUGCGACUGGCGAAGGAGAAGGGCGUGCGGACGGUGGUGGUCGGCGGCGAGUCAGGGCUGGCAAGGUGGGCAGACACGGGCUUCACCUGGGCAGAGGUGAUCGCUGGAAAGGCCAGGAAGGCAGCGCCGUCCAUGUCCGGGAAAUGGCGGGACAGGGACGUGCUUAAGGGGCUGGAGUGGAGGUAUGAAGAUGACGAGGAGGAAGAAGUGGUGUUUGAGGAGGACGGCGAUGAAGAUGGUUCAGAAGAGCUGGCGGGAAGUGCAAACGGAAAGCCAUGGUGGAAGCUGGAAUCAGAUGGCGAUGACUCAUUUUGCACAUAAAAGUGUUUGUUCGUUUGCUGCUGGGGGGUUAGGAUCCUUCAGAGUUCAGAAAAAGUGUGGAUUAUGCUACACCAGUGGUGCCAUCAGAUCUCUGAACUUGUGUAAGAUAUGACCAAUCCUGAUCCCUUGCGUUCGUACGCAAUGUGUGUCCUUUGUCGUUGAUAUCAGAGAUUAUUUCUACUCCUUUGUACUCGUUUGUUAUAUACGAGUAUAUAUUAGAAUGAUAUCUGUCUAGGACAGUGGUAACUUCAUAUUACUGAAACGUUGUUAAUACUGAGUGGAGUGAGUGACACCGAAUCAUCCAUUUCUUU